AUGCCGCCGCCGGCGCCCGCGCGGCCGCCGGCGCCCGCGCGGCCGUCAGUGGACGCGGCGUCGCGCGGCGCCGGCGCCGCGGACGCGCGCCUCGAGGCGGCGGCGGCGCGCCUCGAGGCCGCGGAUCGCGCCCUGGGCGCCGCCGUCGCCGCGGCGGCGGCGCCCGUACCGCCGUCGGCGCAACAGACGGCGGUCCCGCGGCCCGAGGGCGGCACCUUCGAGGCCGCGAGCGAAAGGUCCGACGACGCGCCGGCCGUCGUCGCCGGCGCGAGCUACGACGUCGCCAACGCGGCCCUCGACGCCGCGGACCGGGCCGCCGCGGCCCGCUCGACGCCGUUUCGCCACGGCAAAAGGAGGCCAGUGCGCGCGUCGACCUUCGACUCGGAGACGGCGCCGCGGCUCGAGGCGGCCGCCCCGCCCCUCGCCAACGGCACGGGCACGUUUCUCGAGCUCGAGGUGCCGGACCUCGCGCCCGCGCCACCGGCGGCGCCGCGGCCGCGGGUCACGGCCGCGUACCUCAAGCGGAAGCUCUGGACGAAGCUGGACUUCGCGCACUCGCACGCCGUGAGCGGCGCGGCCUUCCUCGCCCUGGGCGUCGGCUGGCUCGGCGCCGUCGCGCGGGGCGAGGCCGCGGGCGCCGUCGAGGCCGGCGCGCGCAUCCACGGGGGCCCCGCGUCGCUCGCGAUCCUCGCCGUCGGCGUCUGGAACAGCGUCUCCGCGCUGCCCAUGGCCUCGGACGAGCGCGUCUACGUGACGCGGGACCUGGACCGCUACCACGCGCUCGCGUUCCGCUGGGGCGGGUCCGCGCAGCUCGUCGCCUGCGCGUGGCUCUGCUGGUGGUUCUCGGGCCUCUACCCGGCCUUCGUGCCCGGCGUCGUCGACGGGGCGCUGUGCCUCGCGGCCAUGGCGUCCAUCGCCUGGGUCAUCUACUUCUCCGAGGAGAGCAUCGCCGUCGUCGACCGGAAGGUCGCUGAGGGCGGCUUCGUCCACGGGAAGCGCGCGUCCGAGCUCACGGCGGGCGAGCACGCGCAGCUGAGCGCGCUGGCGCGCCUCGGCUCCUACCCGAACCUCUUCCAGCUCCCCGUGCUCGCCAACGUGCUUUUAGGCGGGCGGCCGUGGCUCGACCGCGUGCUCGACGAGUUCCCGCACCAGUCGGCGCUGCUGCACCACUACCUCUUCGCCUGCGCCCUGUCCUACGCCAUCACCUUCUUCGCGACGACGCUCCGGGACCGCAACGUCAUCGGCAUCACGGCGGACCUGGCCAUGCUCGCGACGGGCACGGCGCUGCCGUUCCUGACCAUGUUCGUCGACGUCGCCGCGUUCCCCGCGGCGACGACGCUGAACCCGCUGGACUACAACGUCGGCUUCCUGUAA